GUUGUUGUUCCUGCUUUUGGAAGGGUAUUGUACGUAUAGAUACUAUCAAUGCGGCGUCGUCGUCGUAGUUGCCGAAAUAUCUAAAAGAAUGCUUACGGACAACAGUCGGACGUCGGACUCGGAUAUCGUGUGUGAGUUUCGCUUAGGAUAGGACUUCAGAGGAGUGUUGCUUUGGGUCCUUUCACUACUUUCUAGUGUGUUUUCGACCAGAAAGGAACGUAUGUGUCGUGUGCGUGGUGAUUGCUGUGGCCCUGCUGUUGACUAUAUAUACUUCCUGUCGAUUUGCAAGUUCUUACGCCUUUAGUCUAUGUCGGGAUACCCACCUUGGAGGAAACGUUGUGCUUAUUUUUCCUCUCGGUUUCUAUAAAAAUAUAUUAUUAUGUUCACACACGCUACACAUGCCAGAUCAUUAUAGCGCACGCAAUUUUCUUGAUUCAAGUUUCGAUUUUGUUUGUCGUUUCGUUUAUACCGAUGCUCCGACUUUUCAUUCUCAAACUGUAACAGAGCUUAUCGCGACGUCGUGACAUCCAUAGGGAACAGCUAUUUUCUGAAUAGUUUCUUCUUUGAUUUUGCCAUCAUUCCGGUAGAGGCAGAAUCGCAAUUUAAAUAGCUUUCGUUUGGAUCCCUUCUAUCUUUCAGUGUAUUAUGCGCGAAACUAAAAUUUUCGGUUCGCUUUCUUGAUACAGAUCCAUUCAAUUGGGGAGCAGAAUUUGAGAGCAUCUCCUCGGAGGAGAUAGUGAUUGAAUUAUUCGAUUCGAUUUCGAGACUCGUGUGAGAGGGAUAAUAAAUAGAAAAUCUUUAGAUAUUGUCGUUGCUAAGAAAUUGGUAUCUGUCGUCGUUACUGUGAAUGUGUCGUCGAUUUUGGUCUCUUCAAAAGACACAAACUUUGGGGAUGUUGUCCGGCAAGUGAAUAUAAACGAAUAACAUGCAGUGUGUGGUUUUUCGAAAGAUUUUCGAAGUCGUAUCCGAAACGUCGGAUUCGUAGUCAGCAAAUCUUGAGAAUACGAAGCAAUCAAAUCCUUGCCCAAGUCGGUGCCGGAUUUUCAGAUGGAUUUUCGUGCGGUUUGAUUUUUCGGGGUGGUUGCUUGGGACUUUUAACCUUUUUAUUCCGUACCCAAGUGUCGAGUGUCUUAUCAGUGUCCAAACAAAAUCUCUUAGUCCUCAUUUAUUGUGAUUUCCCAUUCAUUUUGUUACAUAUAUAUUAUAUAGGAAGAAAAAGUAAUUUUAGGGUGUGUGCGAUUACGACGUGUAAAAUUUUCAGAAAUAUACAGUGUUCGUAUAAUAGCUAGAAAUAAAGAAGUCAAAGCAGCGCAGACGGAUAAAAACUAAAGUUGAAAAUUAAAAAUAUACCCCCAAAAAGUGUCACGUAUCUGUGCCGUAUCAGAUCGCUACUGUAGUGCGCUUUUAGCAGCCGAUUUCUAAAAUUAUUCGGCAAGAAUAAAUGCAAAGCAGAUUGAAUCCUAAUCCAUCCUUUCAUUCCCUUUCCGUGCCGCUUUCAAUUCCACUCCGAUUCGCACGUAUUUGCCGCUCCUAACGCCUUGCUCUUUCCCUGUAUCCAACCCUCAUCAGUGGUUUGGAAUGUGGAGAAGUGCUCUUUUGAUUAAUUAGCAAGCAAAACUACUCUACGCGCCGUAUUCAUGACAUCCAUGAUAUCCCGCCGUCGACGAGUCAAAAGCCCAUGUCCUCUUCAUCGUUACCAGGACAAGAAACUAUUAGACGAGGGUGUGUUCCAUAGAAUCACGACACGGCAAGCAAAGGGCAUACCCUCAGGAUUUCAUAGUUGUGAAUAAACAAAUCGACGUCAUAGAAAUCACAGAUGCGAAAAAUAUCAAGCCAAAUGAUAGAUUUUGUGCAAAGACGCGAAAGCGUAGCCACAGCAGAAGUACUUCCAAAAAGGAAUUCUAGAUGAACGGGCGUGCCGAGAAAACAAGGAAAAGUCAGAAUGACAGCGGAAGAAAAAUCAGCAGCUGCGUCUUUCUAAAUGCUUCUUUUGUGUUGUGUGUCCUACACCAUAAUUUUUCGGUCGUGCAUCAUUAAAACCCAAGAAUACAAAUGCCAUCUUCGUCAAUAAGACUUGGCUUAAAUAAUUGAGCAGCGUUUACUCAAUGAAUGACGGCAAAAAUGCAUUUAGCUUAGCGACUUUCCGUUCACUUUUCCAACUCAGUUCGAUUGUACAUACUUACGAGUAUGAACAGAUGGAUACAGAUAGAUACGCAAACUGACAGCCACAUAGACUGAUUGAAAACAUCAUGUGAGAGCUUUGUGCCUUCUCUGUGCGAGUCCUGUUCACCCGUAUCCGUAUAUGUACGUAUACACGCAAUUCAAGCGGACAAAUAACGUGGAUCAAUCGAUUUUCUAUUCCUUCCGAACAGAUAUCCUUUUGUCUUUGGCAAAAUAAAAAUAUCAAGGAAAGGAAACCGAAGGGCAGUCAAGGAAAAAAUAAGAAGAAAACAGUACCUCGCUUUUCCUUCAACGACAGAAAACCCAACACGCGGUUAUAACGGAACUAAGCAUACAUUGCGUAUGUACUAUCUUGCUGAUAACCCUUCUCAAUGCCACAAAAAAAUUCUACUUAAAGUUAAUCGCCAGCGGGCCUGCAUAAUACUCAACUUCUAUAUACAUAGUCUGUUCAAUUAGUGAUAAAUCCCGCGAUUUGUAUUUCUGAAUUUCGGUGUUGAUACCAAGUAGUAUGUGAGUAUGAAAUCCUCAGAAUGAACGCUUAACGACUGACUGGCUUCAACCAGCGUGACUAAGGACAUGAAGACGAAGGUCGUCUGCCUUUUUUGUGAUAUCAGCUAAUCCCCCGCAAUUCAAACCCAACAAAAACCAUUAAAAACGACAACGCGACCAAAUCUUAAUUUGAUUUAAUAAAAUUGCUUUAAUUUCGAGUAUUAAAUAAAGACCUAAUUCGUAAAAUUAUGGAGUUGACGUCAAUAACGAACUAUUCAAAAUAUGACGGGAAAAAUGAAAUGCGGCAAUAUCUCAAUAUAAAUACCAAGCAAAGGUUUGGAUUUGCUGCCGUGUCUGCUGCUAGUUGUUCCGGACUACGAUUCAAAAUUCAAAUCUCAACGGUCAAUGAGCUGACGUAGAGAUUGUGAGCGUGAGUGUUUCAAUCGCCAUCAAUCUGUAUGUGCAGCUCCGAAAACCGGUGUCCACGUUGUCGAUUCCUGGCUCGAUGAAAACACCCUGCGCUGGAAAUCGAGAACAAAUUUCGUCUGCAUGCAACGAAGAAGCUGGCGUUGCACUCGUGGGUGUUCACUCAGAAUAUCCCAGGUACAUGGAGGAGCGAGGAUUGACCGGCGUCAAAGCACCUGGAGCUGGUUCAACACCGGGAACUCAGAAACAUAAGCCGAAUGUUGGCUAUCGAUUAGGUCGAAGAAAAGCUUUAUUUGAGAAAAGAAAACGAAUAAGUGAUUACGCUCUUGUAAUGGGUAUGUUUGGAAUUAUCGUAAUGGUUAUAGAAAACGAAUUAAGUAGCGCUGGAGUUUAUUUAAAGUCUUCGUUUCAUUCGACAGCCUUGAAAACAUUAAUAUCCGUGUCGACUGUGAUCCUUUUAGGUCUUAUUGUUGCUUACCAUGCUCUGGAAGUUCAGUUAUUUAUGAUCGACAAUUGUGCAGAUGAUUGGCGAAUCGCUAUGACGUGGCAACGAAUUAGUCAAAUAGGUCUAGAACUUUUAAUAUGUGCUGUGCAUCCAAUACCAGGCGAAUAUUACUUCCUCUGGACAACAAAACUUGCUAAUAAAAAUAAAUCAAUGGGCACGGAGUUGGUGCCGUAUGAUGUUGCAUUAUCAUUGCCAAUGUUCCUUCGAUUAUAUCUAAUAUGUCGUGUUAUGUUGCUACAUUCAAAAUUAUUCACAGACGCCUCAUCACGUAGCAUAGGUGCACUAAAUCGUAUAAAUUUUAAUACCAGAUUUGUCCUUAAAACACUAAUGACAAUAUGUCCGGGAACAGUUUUAUUAGUUUUUAUGGUAUCUCUAUGGAUUAUCGCCUCAUGGACGCUGCGACAGUGUGAAAGGUUUCACGAUGAAGAACAUGCAAACCUUUUGAAUGCCAUGUGGCUUAUAGCCAUAACAUUUUUAAGUGUUGGGUUUGGUGAUAUUGUACCAAAUACUUAUUGUGGUCGUGGUAUUGCGGUCAGCACAGGAAUUAUGGGAGCUGGAUGCACUGCUUUGCUGGUAGCUGUUGUGUCUCGGAAGUUAGAGCUAUCCCGGGCUGAAAAACAUGUUCAUAACUUUAUGAUGGAUACCCAGCUAACAAAAAGGCUAAAAAAUGCGGCAGCGAAUGUGUUGCGAGAAACAUGGCUGAUAUAUAAACACACAAGGCUGGUGAAAAGAGUUAACCCUGGACGAGUGCGGACGCAUCAGAGGAAAUUCCUUCUAGCAAUUUAUGCAUUACGAAAAGUAAAAAUGGAUCAACGAAAACUUAUGGAUAAUGCAAAUACAAUAACCGAUAUGGCCAAAACACAAAAUACGGUGUACGAGAUUAUCUCGGAUAUGUCAACAAGGCAGGAUGCGAUUGAGGAAAGACUAUCAAGUUUAGAGGACAAAAUGCAGGCGUUGCAGGAUCAUAUGGAGUCAUUACCGGAGAUAGUCACACGGUGUCUCACUCAACAUCAAGAACGGUUGGAACAGCGGAGAAAUUUUCUGCAUCCGGAUGCUGCAGUAACAGCGUCUGCACAACCGUCGCAGCCGCCACCUCUAGUUUCACCUUUACUCUUUCCACAUUCCAGGAGUGUACCAUCUACAAACAAUGCAAUUUUCCAAUGGCCAACAAGUCCAAUUCUGCCACCGGUAUCGAGUAGAACGCCUCAUUUGGUGCCUGACACAUAUAUUCCAUCGACUUUAGCUGCGACGGCGACACCAGCUGCAGCCACAAGUUCAACCUCUCUAACAAAUAAUAAUAACGUUAACACAUCUUCCAGUAAAUUAAACAGCUGAAUCGAACCUGCACAAACUCAACAAACGCAUUCUAUGGUGUGUCCGGCGUCAACCUCAAUCACGACGGCCAGCAACAAAUACACGAGACGGAGGGAACGACAACGAAAAGCCCAGUUCAGAGCAAUGGCAACAACAUCAACAGAAGCAACAGCAACAUCAACAGAAACAUCAAAAUCACAUAGUAACUCAUUAGAAGACAUUUUUACGCAACAAGGCAACUCGUGAGAAAAUAAUGAUAGUAGAAAAAUUGAAUAGUGACGAUUUUACUAUGUAAUGGGAAUAAAUUAUUAUUACUAUUAUAUAAAGACUAGGAAAUGAAGCAACUAAGAAAUAAGUAAGCAAAAAGACAUAGGCCAAUUUCUAAGGUUCUAGAAAAGUAAUAAUCAAUUGAGACGGGGGAGAAAAUAUGAAUAAAAUUCGUGAAUUUAGGGUGUAAAUCAUUGGAAUAAAUUUUGAUAAGAAGGAACUCGUUUUGUUGUUUGAGUAUUACGGUUAUUUAGUUUUUAAUUAUGUCACAUUUUCCAGUCCCUUAGAAACUACAGAAAAAUUCUCAUCUGAUAUACCAAGUGAAAGAAAAUAUUGAGUCAAAUUCUCCCUUAGAGAACUGACCCGUUGAUCAGGGCUGCAUGUGCACUUCUUGGCAAACACAUUUGACCAAAUAAAAGUUUUUCCUCUAGCAAAUUGUUUAGUAUCCAAGUCACACAUCAAUAGGAAAAAAGUGAUAUUUUGCCGUUUUAGUGAUUUUAAAAUUCAGCCCUUAUAAUGCGGAGGACCCAACGGAAUUUACUUAGUAUUUUCUGUUACUGGUCAUUCAGUAAUAUUACUCAAAGUAGAAACGAACCACAAAAGUACGCAAAUUAGUAACAUAGAGACUAGAUUUUAAAAAAACGUACUUUUAAUUUUCUUUAAAAAUAUUCGAAACUAUGGGGCCCACUUUAAUAGUCAUUCGAGCGAAUAACGGAAGACAAAUAAUCGAAAUUAAAAACAACCUGAUUGCUUGGAUUUAGAUCUUAACCGGUUUCAAUAUCAUCAAAAAAACAACCACUCAAGAAAUCCUCUUCAACCUCCGGAUGAAAUGAGCAACUGAACAUUAUGUUGAACAAUAAAAGAAAGCUUUACGACAAAAUAGAAACAUCAAUAACUUCAUAGACUUCAUACCUAAGACGAAACAAGCUUACGAUAUUAAAGCCACAAAUUAUAAAUGAUAAGAAAAUCUCGAAACGAAAAAGUGAACCACUACCAAAGUGAAGUUAUGUAACGAAGAUAGGAAAUGACAAAACCCUAUAGAAAUGUAGAAACAAUUAUUUCAUCUUUAGUAUCUCUUAGACCAUUCAUUUUCUACGAAGUCAAGGACGAAAUUGUUUUAAGUGAAUUAAGAACCCUUUUAGUGUAUUCAUUUCGUUCUAUGUAAUUACUAAAAAGCGUGUUUCGCGAAAAAGCUUUAAGAUUUAGGGUGCCUGCAUUUGCUAAGAAAAAACUUAGAUUUAAAGAGAAUAUUACUUAUUAUUAUUAAAAUUAUUAUUAUCACAUGAUGGUAGUAAGAACAAGUAACAUUAGUAGAAAAAUAAACCCUUGCGGAAGUAGGUCAUGCAUAUUAUGUAACAUAUGUUUUGUUUAUGUUUGAAUCGGUACAUUCAAACUCAAUUUGUCCAAAAAUAUAAAAGUUUCGACAGAUCGUUUUUACUUUUGUUAGAAAAGGUUUUACGUGUGUUGCUGAAUAAAAUUGAAUAGAAUAUACGGAAAAGUCUAUUGUACAAAUUUAGUUUAUAUAAAGUUGUUGCAAUUAUACAUAAAAGAGCAAGAAAGAUAAAAGUCUAAACCAAAAUUGAUUUUCAAAGUUAAGGACAAUUUAAAAGUAUUCGCAUAUUUACCUAUAUACAAAACAUAUUACAACAACUAUUAAGAAAUUAUACAAAAACAACAAAAACCUAAAAAACCAUCCCUCAAAGAAAUUAAAAGGAAUUUAAAAAGGAUCAAAACGGUAUCUAAGCGUAAAAUAAUUGAAGAAAAUCCAUACUAGUCUGUUUUAUUAUGAAUUACAUAAAAUACGGAUGAAUAAUUAUGAACAUUCUUUGAAAUGUAUAAAUUUCGAUCUUAAAAGUAACAAACGAACACACCAAUUUGAACGUAUCUUGCAAUAGUCGUCCAUUUCAUUCAGCCAUUGUAUUAUAUAUUUAAAGAUAUAUAUAUAUGUCUAAAACAAAUUUAUAGAUAAAAAAGUGAAUUGAUAAAACUCAACUAAAAUUAAAUUUAAACCUGUGAAUCAUAGAAAACCCGAAAGUAUGUGGAUUAAAUUAUGGUCUUAUAAAAAAUAUUUAAAGCAAAUAUAUAAAAAUUAAACUUUAAAGAAAAUCUGCUCACAUGCGCUAAGUACUAAUAUGAUAAAGUUUAAAUCUAAAAAAUUAAUAAAUUUUAAAUUAUCUCAACAUUCAAUACAGUAAAUUUAUGGGUACGACAUAAGGCUGAAGUGUAGGAAUAAAUAAAAUCGAGAAUGGAAGACUAUUGCAACUGUAUUGUCACCUUGUUAUAUUUUGGCUCUCCUGAUAAAGAAAAUAAAAAAGAAAUUACGAAAUCACUAAAAAGAGAAAGAUAAAAACCCUAAUCUAGUUAUUAUUAUUAUAUAGAGAGAGAAUCGUUAUUUCGCAACAUUAAUAUAAAAAUAUUUAUUGUAAAUUGUUCUGUUUUGUAUGAUAUAAUCAUGUAUAUUUAGUUUACAAUUAAAUACGUUUUCUGCA